AUGAACACCCGCCAGGUCAUCGAUGAGUCAGUUGGGCCCUACUCCCUCUCUGCCACCUUCAACCAUGACAGCAGCUGCUUCUCGGUCUGCCUGGACACUGGGUUCUGCGUGUUCAACUCAAAUCCAUGCGAGCUCAAAGUCUCCAGAGACUUCAAUGCAGGCAUCGGUGUCGCCGAAAUGCUUGGCCAGUCCAACUACCUGGCCAUCGUGGGCGGAGGACGGAAUCCCAAGUUCCCCCAGAACAAGCUGGUGAUCUGGGACGAUGCAAAGCAAAAAGCGGCCAUCACGCUCGAGUUUCGCACCUCUGUCCUGGGAGUCCGACUCUCCAAAUCGCGCAUCGUGGUAGCGCUGCUGAACAGCGUGCACGUCUUCGCCUUUUCCAAUCCGCCACAGAAGCUGUCCGUGUUCGAGACGACGGAUAACCCUUUGGGACUGGCUUGUUUGGGACGCAAACUACUCGCAUUUCCGGGUCGGUCCGCUGGCCAGGUGCAGAUGAUCGAGCUGGAGACGGGCAAUAUCAGCAUCAUCCCCGCCCACAGCUCGCCACUACGUGCGAUGGCGUUGAGUCCCGACGGGGAGGUGCUGGCCACGGCGAGCGAGGUGGGGACGCUGAUUCGAAUAUUUGCGACGGCCAACUGCACCAAACUGGCCGAGUUACGACGGGGCGUGGACCACGCGGUGAUAUUCUCUCUGGCAUUUUCUCCAUCUAAUACAUUACUGGCUGUGACGUCCGACAAAUCUACCCUGCAUAUCUUUGAUCUGCCCCAUCCGCAUCACACUCCGCGCCGCAGCCAGUCGCCGGCAUCGCCGUCCGAAGAGACGGCCAGCCACAAAUGGGGAAUCCUAGGGAGGAUUCCUCUGCUGCCCCGAAUGUUCUCUGACGUAUACUCCUUUGCCCACGCGCAUUUCGAGAUGGGCGAUGAGGCGGCCACUCCGGGGUCCCCCUACGUGCCACCGCUCGGGUCGUCGUUGGGCCGUCCUCCCAAGGGCGUCAUCGGCUGGCUGGAUGACCAGACCCUGUUGGUGAUUGGCUCGGGCAGAGAAGGGCGCUGGGAGAAGUUUGCUCUUCGGGAAGGCGAGGAAGGAAAGAGAGAUUGUGUGCGGGAGGGCUGGAAGCGAUAUCUCGGCGGUGGGUGA